AAGCUACCCCGGCGACACACCCGUACCCAUCAGUGCACCCGAGCUGGCUUCCAUAAACCGAGAUCAGGAUGGCGGACAUGAGGAAGGUCAAGGUCAUGACCCGGAAGAGUUUCCUCGUAAGGCCUUCCCAGGGUUCAAUGUGGCGAAAAUAGACGACUUUAGGUUUCACUUCAUGGGGACUUCUGGUGCCUUGAAGAAAAUGUACGUGGCUAAGAGCAACAUCCCGGAUCGGUCCGUGCGCCUGGUGGACGGAGGGAAGAGAGGGAAGGAGGCGCAGACAGUCAACAUCCCGCCCGCCAUCUACAACAGCCUGCCGAUGGACAUUUUUGAACACAAAGCCCAGUUCCCAUCAUGCAGUGUGGUAGGCAACGCAGGAAGUUUAAUUGACAGCCGCUGCGGACGGCAGAUCGACUUGUCUGAUUACGUCAUCAGAUGCAACUUACCGCCGGUUGGUGGAGAAUACGCGAAGGAUGUCGGGAAGAAGACUGAUUUUCUCAGCGUCAAUCCGUCACUUUUCCAGACCGUUUACAAGAAGUUCAAGAACAGCACAUACGAAGAGAAGUUCAUUAGAGAUGUAAAGGAAUACGGACUUUCCGUACUGUACACCCACCCUUUUCGCCUUGUCAAGCAGGUGAAGACGUGUUACCGCGCGCACGAGGUCCUGAUGAAUGCCGGAAUGGCGGACCUCAGCAGAUUCUCUCACCCCAAAUUCCUGGACGGCGUCAGGGCCUUCUGGAAGGGUCUGGAGCUGAAAGAGGCACGACCGAGCACCGGCCUGUUACUGACUGCUAUAGCCAUCACCAAGUGCAAGGAAGUGACCUUGUACGGCUUCUGGCCCUUCCCUACCUACAACGGCCAGGAGCGAGACUACCACUACUUCGACCGACCCGUCAUCCGGAAUCUGCAGUUCGACGACAAGUCGCUAGAGUUCGACCUGCUCACGCAGAUGAACCCGUUCCACAAUCUGACGGAGGAGUUUGUACUGUUGAACAAACUGCACGAGAAGGGGGUUCUCAAACUACAGAUAGGGACGUGUGGAUGAGGAGUAUAAGGAGCAGAUAAAGAUGCUCUUGAGAAUUCUUGAGAAUAGGAUAAUUCUUUUCCACAUCCAGUAUGUACUUUGCUUACAUUUCGGUGUCUCUCAGACACCUUUCUCGGAGCU